UCGGCUCCUUCCUUCCUAACUCCUCACAUAGCGCUGCGUACUAAAAUCACCGGACGCUAGGGGAUCAAGACGCACGCCACCCUGCCUCUAUGUGGGCUCUUUGACAAACCGUGCGGUGUUUCGCCACAAAGGGGGUUUGGAGGGAGGCCUUUCUUUAUUAUUUUGUCUGAUGUGAUUGCUUGAACCGCCGAUUAUUGAGUCGAUUGUUUUGCCCGCUGUCGCCCGCCCUGUGCGCAUUUCCCCCCUUUCCCUCUUGCAACGUUAACCUUCCUCCCGGUUUGGACCGGUCAUCCACCCCCACGCGCACCCAUGUCCUAUCCUCAGGGUUACCUUUACCAGCCCCCGGGCUCUUUGGCUCUUUAUUCCUGUCCGGCUUAUGGGGCCUCGGCGCUGGCUGCUCCGCGGAAUGAAGAUCUGGCGAGAUCGUCCUCCGGCUCAGCUUUCAGCCCGUACCCUGGAUCGGCUGCUUUCUCUGCCUCGGCCAGCGCAGGCUUCUCCAGUCCGCUGUCUUACUCUACGGACCCCGCUACAGGAUUCCCGCAAUACAUGAGUUCUCCAUAUGAUGCACACACGACGGGCAUGGCCGGGGCGUUAAGUUACCACCCUUACGGGAGUCCAGGGUACCCCUAUCAACUCAACGACCCGGCAUACCGCAAGAACGCCACUCGGGACGCCACAGCCACCCUGAAGGCUUGGCUGCAGGAGCAUAGAAAGAACCCCUACCCGACCAAAGGGGAAAAGAUCAUGUUGGCCAUCAUCACAAAGAUGACCCUGACUCAGGUCUCCACCUGGUUCGCCAACGCCAGGAGGAGACUAAAGAAGGAAAACAAGAUGACAUGGGCGCCCAGGAAUAAGAGCGAGGAUGAGGAUGAGGAGGAUGGGGACGGCGAGAGGAAGGAUGUGGAGCGAUCGGAAAAGAACCUGGACAACAGCGAGGCUUCGGCCGAGGAUGAAGGUAUUAGUUUGCACGUGGACACGCUCACGGACCACUCGUGUUCUGCUGAGUCAGACGUGGAGAAGGUGGCGUGCCGGGUGGGAGAUUUAAGCUCUGAUCAGGCCCGGGACAAAUGCGAAGAUGACGUUGAAGAACAGAACCACGCCUCUCGCUUACAGCUCCCCUCCAAAUCGCUCACAACCUCGCCUCUAAUGGGAGUCGAAGCGCCGGCUUUCACUCAUCAGCACCACCACCUUCAUCACUUCCAACAACUCCAACGCGAGGAUUUAGCUCGGAGCCUCGGCAUGAGCAACACCAUUAAUGCCAAUAAAUCUUGCCUUGACAGCAGACCGUCCACGGGAGUUUCUCAGAACCCAAAACCCAAAUUGUGGUCACUUGCGGAGAUUGCUACCUCAGACCCAAAGCAGCAACUAGGGCAGUCAAACUGCCCCUCCUCCUCUUCCUCCAGUGGGGGCCUUCUUACUCCCCCGACUCCCUCCUCAGCCUCUCCGUCUGCCACUUCACCCAAUAUCUAUCCGACCCCCUCCCUCAUCGGAAGACCUAUUUAUUACACGUCGCCCUUUUAUAGCAAUUACACAAACUAUGGUAACUUUAGCCAACUGCAAAGCCAAAGCAUCCUGCGCUACUCCAACUCAUCUGGGGUAAGUCUGGCUGCAGCAGCCGCCGCCGCAGCAGCAGCCGCAGCAGCCGCUGCAGCCAGCGAAGGUCUCGGCCAUAAUCAGACUCCUGAGGCCGGCCCGCAGCCGAAACAACUCAGGCCCGAAUCCCCACAGCUAAAAAUAAACUCAAAUCAGGCUCUUGUUGGUGAUGAGCAACAUCAAAAACAUCAUUUCAGGCCUGUAAACCUGGACUCAAAGAAAGGAACGUAGACUUGAGAUGGUGGGCCGUGAGGAAUUUUAAGAUUGUAUUUUGAAAAAACAAAACAAAAACACUGCACCCCCCCCCCCCCCCCCAAAAAAAAAAAAAAGAGCUAUACAGAUUUUCUGAUUUUUGCGCACAAUAAUAAUGAUACUUAAUUAAGGCGUAUUUUAUUUUUGUAUAAAUCUUUGCAACAUACAUUAAACCGUAUUUUGCAUUUAAAAAAAACAUGUUUUUGGUACAGGUGUCACAAGUUCAAAAUUUGACAUGUACGCGCGUGCACCUCGUGCAUAUAUAUACUAUAAUUAAUUAAACCUAACCAAAAUACGCUCACAUGCGCAACAGGUGAAUCUAUCAGGCAUGCAAGAUAAUGAAUCUUAGUUACAGCCUAACCUAAGGUCCAUUACUAAGAUCUAGCAUGAGUCAACACAUGCAUUUAUGCACAUAUAUACUUACUGAAUUAACGAGGAUGUACUGUUGAAUUUACACGGUAUCAUUUGGAGAAUUUACACGGAUUUACGGUGUUUUGAUCAGUUCGCAUUCAGGUUUUAUGUUUAUUUCCAUCUUCAGCAGGUAGGUGUCACAAUUGCUUUGAGUUUAAAGGCAGUGUGGACAUCCCAUUUGAGUGUUUUCAACGUGUUUUCUCUCCACUUAAAGGGUCUUCAGUGCCACUAUAGAUGAACUUAAAGCUACUUAACUUGCCCAAGUCAACAGUACACGUUUAAAAUAUUAGCGCCUUGUGUUUCAAUUUAUAAUUAAUUUGACCUGUGCGCAUGGGAUUGAAAUUCUCCCUACGGUAUGUGAUUAAACCGUUACAUCUCAGGUUUCUUUAAGUUUGAUUUUUUUUUCUUAAAAUAUAUUUAUGUGUUGAAUCAAUUUGGCUUUUAACUUAUUUUAUUGGAAUAGGGGAGGGGGACAACACCAAUGCUAACGAGCCAGGAGUGAACAUGUGAGGACUUUAACGUGGAAUAACCUACAUUUGAUAUUUAUUUUUUUAUUAAUGGCAGAAUGAUGCCUAUAAUUUAUGCAAGUUGUAUUGCAAAAAAAAAAAAAAAAAAAAAAAAAAAAAAAAAGGAGAAAAAGACAACUGACAUGUGACAUUUGUUUGUUGUGUAAAUAUAUAUAGUAUAUAUUAACGAUUUUUAUUUCAAUUUGGGAAAAGCAAUGUAAAUCUUGUAAUGAGGAUAACUCUUGAUAAUUUAUAUAUUUUAAUGUAAAUAGGAAAGAAAAUGAGCGCUGGUUGAAAUACCGUACUGGUGUGGUGCGAUAUCAGAUAUUUAAAGCAAAAAAUAUUAAACUGUUUCCCCAAUUAUUGUUUUCAAGAGUUUUUCUUUUUUUUUUCUAACAACAGUCUGUCUGCGUGUUUGUGUGUCCAUCCGUCUGUCUGCCUGUCUUUCUGUCUGUCUUUCUCUACAGUAUCUAUCGUUUGGGUCAAGAGUCUCUCUUGUAAACAAAUGUAAUUCCUUUUUCAUACCCCUUUCACCUUCCUCUUGCCCUAUUGCACAUUUAUUUUCAAGUGUGAUUAAUACU